GAGGCCGCCCACAUCACGCAGCAGCUGCUGAUGGCGCUGCUGACGUGCCACCGCCACGGCGUGGCGUACCGGGACGUCAAGCCAGCCAACCUGCUGGUGCGAAGCAUCGACGCCAAUGGGCUGCCCGAAGUCUGCCUGGCAGACUUUGGGUGCAGCCGCUCCAUGCUCGGUCCGCAGCCUAGCAAUCGCAACUCCCCCGGCACACCCCUCUUCUCCGCCCCUGAGUGCGUGCACGGCUACGGCGGCAUCGAGUCCGACAUCUGGUCUGCCGGCGUCCUGCUCUACUCCCUGCUCAGUGGAGCCUUUCCCUUCUGCGACCCGCGGAGCAAGAUCAGCCAGGCCGAGUACUGGCAGCGCGUCUCAGAGGCGCCCAUCAGCUACUCUGGGCCCGGCUGGCGCGAUGUGUCGCCACGCGCUGUGGACCUGGUCAGGCGCAUGCUGGAACGCGACUGCAGCAGGCGCAUCGCUGCGCAGGAGGCG